GUCAAAAUGGUUUACUUUGUAUCAGGGUUAGUAGCGGGUUAAUCAGCUUGAUUUUCUGUAACUGCGUGUUUAUGUUUCAAAUAUGAGUCUUAUACAAUCAUCGAACCAUCAAAUUAACUGUACUCCUCAAAGUGAAGAAGUGUUCUCACUCGUGGAAGAAAAUGGCCGCCCCAAAGAAAGAUGGACACCUCUCGGUGCAAACGCAAGUCCUGAACCUGGUUAUCAUGCGUUUGAAGAGAAUCACGUAGAUAAUGAAUUUGACCAGGAGUCUGAAUUGUCUCGCCUAGCCAUAGAAAAUGAACACCUCAACAGUUUGUUGAUGGCUUUUACUUCUCACAUCGCCCAGGUGCAAUUUCGUCUAGGGCAAGUAAUAAAUGCUGAGUCUGAUUGCAGAGAUCUCAUGCUUAAGUCUCUCGAGGAAUUUGCCUCCAGAGGAAUCCCUGACCUACAAUCACUGGCGGAACAAUGCAGUAAAUUAUCUUCAGAAUCCCAAGCAUGUACUUCAAGUUUAGAUGGACGACCUCAGAAAAUGAUUGAACAGCUGAAAAAACAUCUUGAUGACCUAGAAAGAUUCGCUUAUGAGACUGGUGAGCAAAGUGAACCGCCAACUCAAGCUAUCCUAGAGAAGCAGCGUUUAGUACUAGAAGGCCUACGAGAGAAACUUGAAUUGAAUAUUUCUAAUGUUGAUAAACUUCCAGCUGCUGAACUGCAACAAGUUGUAGAUAAGGCUGUCAAUCAAUUUUUAAAUCCUGUAAAAGUUAACGAAAAACUUGUGGAACAGUUGAAAACUCAAGUGAAUGAUUUAGAACGGUUUAUUGAUUUUCUUCACGGCUCUGGUGCAUGCAGUGAUAUUUUAGCUAAAGCAUUAGCUGAUUUCAAGCGUACACAUCAUCAGUUAUCAGCCAAUAAUGAAGUACCAUCGUGUUGUUAUGAUUCUAAUAGAUCACAUACACAAAAUAAUGAUAAUAAUGAUGACCAUGAUCUAGACAAUAGUAGUAUAUUUUCAUCACAUAUCCAUCCUGGUGUACAAUUAGGACAUAGUCGUCAUCUUCAUUCAGAUUAUCAACAUAGUCAUACAAAUGAUUAUAAUACUGAUGGUAUUGAUGCCUAUUUAGAGGAUAUCACCUCUACCGAAGAACAAGAAUUAAGGCGUAGAGAUAAUAGAAAACGUGAUGUCAGGAAAUCUCGAUUCACUAUCAUUAACCUUAUUCAACGAGCCAUCACACUUCUCAACCUGUUUGCAGCAAGUCAAUUGGGUCAGGAUCCUGAUACAUUGCUGACAAAAUUCAACGUGAAUAAACAUUCUCCUCAUAAAGUUGACAAAUCGAAUUCAUCUACCGUAGAGAAAGCCAAAACACAACACUGGGGAACGAUUCGAGCUCGUCUUGAAAUUGCUAUAAAUAUGGUUCAAGAAAAAGUGGUUACUCUUCACACUUAUAAACUAGGUAAAACACCAGUAGUCAAUUUAUACUCUACAUAUCAUACAAUGCCAAAUAUGAUUCAUUCAUGUACAACACAGUCGGAAACUCGUAAUACAGUUCCAUCUGGACGUGAAAGUCCAGAUGGGAAAGCUAGUAUGCCCACAUAUGAUAGUACAAUUAGAUCCUAUGUAUCACUACGUAAGGGUUUUAGUCAGAAUGAAGUUCCCGGUACUCAAAUUGCUUUACCUGUGCAGAAUUUACAUGGUGCCAGUUUACGUGCAUUGUUAUAUGGUGGAAGACCAGAUAGAAUAUUUUCAAAUCCAACUUUGUGUAACGAUAAAAAUGAACUCACUUCAUGCACUGAAGAUAUGGAUGACACAGAAAGCAGCUCAUGUGAAACAUCAGAGUUUCUGUAUACUGAAGCUGAACGCUCUGUGGUGCAUGUUGUACGUCGAUACCUCUGUCCCGCUUUACGUGAUCUUAUCGAACAUGGUCUUAUAAAGAAAGCUUUACAGAAAAUUGAUGAAAAUUCACCUUUGGGCUUAGCAAAUAAACGAAGCAUUUUACUGCUUCGUCCUAUCCUGAACUGUUUAGACUCAAGAUCAAAAAAUCACUCAGAAGAUAAAUUUGAAUGUUUAGAUUUGAACGAUCCAUCAAGUGAUUACAUUUCAAACUCUUUUUCGGGGUCCCGUUCUAAUUAUAUAGGAAUCCAUGCGUGGGAUGUAUUAAUGCGUUUUUAUCAAAUUAAGAAUGGUCCACGGUAUAAUGAAUCUCCGGCGAGAAAACUUUGUGAAAGUUUUGAUUUAGACACAGUUGAUGGUAAAACAAUCACAAAUCGUCAGUCAAAAUUUAGCAGAUCAUGUUCGGUUAUUGUGGUUUACUUUAGAAAUUUUUCAGUGCAAUGGGUAAUGUUCUUCAGGGUCACGUGGCAUACAAACGCAGUAAGGAUGCCAAGUUCAAGGCAUUCAUUAGUAUUGCACUUAAUGAAGGAAAAUUGAUCCCUUGGCUAAGAAUGAUCUUUCGGAAUCAUGUUUUUGUUCAAUCUAUAUAUGAACCAUGGAGUUAUACUUUGAGUACAGGAUUCAACGAUACUCUACAGUCAUUAAUUAAACUAAAGGAUCUUAAAUUCGCUCUGCCUUAUGAUUACAGUAUUCGUCACUUAAAAGAAAUGCAUGAUGCCUUCUAAACUGCGAGAUGCAUUUUUAAUAUCCAAUGCUAGUGAUAUUCUUUUUUUCAUUUCGUCUUUUUUUCUUCAUGUCCAGUGAUCAUUAUAUAAACUAACAAAAAUCAACAUUUUGUUGUUUAUCAUUUGUCUGAAAGUGUAAGUAUUACUUAUAUCUAUCUACCUAUAUUAUUAUCUUAUAUAUAUAUAUAUAUAUUGUAUUUGUAAUAUUUUUGUUUAUUUCUUUUGUUGAUACAUUAUCUCACCUUAAGCAUAACAAUACAUUUAACUCGUGUAUUAACAUUUGUUUAUAUGUGUGAUUGGAGCUUGUACUUUGAUUUAAUCAACCAUAUUAUUGUCUACAUUUGAUCGAAAUUUGAUGAUUUUUGUAUGAUAAACAGAUCUACUGCAGAUAUAUUUUGAAUUCUUUAUAUUAUGUUUACAAAAAGAUUAAAUGUUUAUUUAUUUCCAUAUUUUUGAGAUUUAAUCCGUAUGUCGUUUUGUAAUUAUGAAAACUAUUUCGUUUAUUCUCUUCACUCUACUUUCGGGCCUCAACAAGGCAUAAAUACACUCUAAACGUUAGGCUUUGUCUGUUAAUUUAAGUAAUCAUUUAUUAUUUCUCAAAGAUUACGAUGAAAAUGAUGAAGUAUUUCUUACGGAGAUUCCACUGAUUAGGAUUCUUUAGUUUGAUUUCUAAACUAUUUUCCAACUCUAAACUUUAAGUUAGGUAAUGGGAUGAAAUAAAAUUGUAGUUAAUUUAUUGAGAAUUUCAUACACAGCUGUAAUAAAAC